AUGACAAACUUUUUUAUUCAACAAUAUAGCAAAACAUUUAACAUGAUAAUAAGGAAUAUGAUAUUUAUUUCACAAAUUGAAGAAAAUGAAAAAAAAAAUUUGAUAAGUCAUAAAUUUAAAAAUAUAUAUAAACAAGUAGAAGUAAACAAUUGUAUACCAAAAAAAGAAAUGAUAAGUAUUAUAGAUCUUAUAGAUUCAUCAAAUGUCAUAGAUACAAAUAAAUUACUUUUAUUACUUUAUUGGUGUAAUAAUGUAACUUGUUUACCAAUAGACAGAAUAAAACUUGCAGAAUCUUUAUGGAUAAUUUUAACUGUAUGCAAUUUCAAGAUAUCAAUAGUCCAUUAUAAUAUACUUUUAAAAUUAUAUAUAGAAAAUGAACAUAAUUUCUCAAUUAUAAACUUAUUAGAGGACAUGAAAUAUAAAAAAAUUUAUCCAAAUGAGAAUACAUAUGAAAUAUGUAUUAAAUAUUAUUGUAUGAAAGGAAAUAUUAAUAAAACACUAAUGCUUCUACAUGAUAUGAGAAAGUUAAAGUUUUCUAUAUCAAAAUCUAUUUUUGAUUUAUUAAUGUUAGGAUAUUCUCAAUCUGGGUAA